AUGUCACUCACGAACAACGACGUCUAUUCGAUUAUCAUCGCUGUGCAUCCUGACAACGAACGAGCCGACGACCGGGGACAGGACUGGCGGCUGGGCGAGAUCACCGUCGACUGGGUAGACUUUACACGCGAGAAGAGUACCGACAAGCGCGAGAAGGAAGGCGACGAGUACUACAACGCCCCUCGUUCACCGACACAACACAGAAAGCAUCACGACCUGGGACCAGUGAACCAAUUGAACAGUAACGGCGACGACAGCAACAUGCACGUGGUUCCGGGCUCAGCCACCCACGCCCAAGCGCACCACGGCGCGACACCAAGCGAGGACCGCGCAACACCCCAGUCUAGCAGGUCCAAGCCCAAGCCCAAGAAGAAGAAACCCGAGGACACCCCGGACGCGCUCUCCCUCCAACCCCUUCUCGCGCACAUUCCCGGACCCAACCCUGUAACUGUCGACACGAGCUCAGCGUCGGGCGUGACCCAUGUGGGCCGCGGCGUGGUCCAUCUCUUCCGCCACGCACCGCCGGCGUCGCUGGUCGCUCGCCUCGAGGGCCAGAAUGGAGAGAGCUCGCGCGCACGGGCCGGUGCGGCCGCUGAGACCUGGGCUGGCGAGCAUGCCGAGGGUGAGGAUGGCAGCUUGCUGGCCAUCCUCGCGGUGCCGGCUUGGAUGCGGCCGGCUGACCUGCUGGAGUUCCUUGGUGGUUGGGUUACCGGUCUUGAGGGUGUGCGCAUGAUUAGAGAAGCAACCACGCCGAACCGUUCCAUCGUCCUGCUCAAGUUCCGCGACCCGCUGCAAGCCAACGACUUUAUGGUCAUCUUCACUGGCCGUGCAUUCUCUACUCUGGACGCGCGCGAGACGUGUCACGCAAUCAGGAUCCACCACCUUGUCCUUCACAAACUGGAAGACGGCAAGCACGGUGACGUCGCUGUCCCCGUCCCGGCUUUCCCUCCGAGCGUGUACGCUUCGCGCGCACGCCAGCUGCCGGACCUCCUCAAGGGCGUCCCUCCCAGACGAUACGAGCUCCCUUCUUGCCCCGUCUGCCUUGAGCGACUGGAUUCAACAAUCACGGGCCUCGUUACUUUGCCCUGUGCUCACACGUUUGACUGUGACUGUCUGAGGAAAUGGGGCGACUCCCGCUGCCCAGUCUGCCGCGUGAGUCACCUCCUUCUCUCCACGGCCCAAGGCGUCCAGUCUCCCGACCACCGCGACGAGGUGACUCGUCUCACCCGGUGUGGCAUGUGUGACUCGUCGGAGAACAACUGGAUUUGUGUUGUGUGCGGUGUUGUUGGCUGUGGACGCUACAGCAAGGGCCACGCGCGUGCGCACUGGAAGGAAAGCGGACAUCUACUCGCCAUGGAACUCGAGACGCAGCGUGUGUGGGACUACAAGGGCGACAACUAUGUCCACCGCCUUAUUCAGACACGUACAGACGGCAAGCUCGUCGAGCUUCCCAGCGCAUCAAGUCUCGCUACGCCUACACCGUCUCGUACCCUCCCGCUCAACCGCCCUCUGGAAGACCGCCCCACGAGCCACCCCCCCUCGCCCACUCCAGGUAGCCACCAACGUACCGACAGCGGCACUGGGUUUGGUGCUGGUCCCUCGUCCAACGACAUGGAGAAGAUGUCUACGAUCGAGGCCAUUACGCUCGAGUACUCGUACCUCCUCUCGUCCCAGCUCGAGGCCAUGCGCCAGCACUACGAAGAGGAAGCUGCUGCGCAGCGCGCGCACGUCGAGGUUCUCGAGGCCAGUAACGCCCGCGUGCGCGAGGCAGAAUCCGCCGCCGCUGCGGCCGAGGUGCAGCGACAGGAAGCCGAGCGCGCUCGCGAAAAGGCCGAGGCGCGCGCAACCAAGGCCCUAGAGCUCUCACGUGGUCUCCAGGCCUCGCUUGGGUCAGAGAAGGCCAUGACCGAGGGCCUGAAUGCGCGUGUGGCAAAGCUCAGGCAAGACCUCGAGACUGUCCGUGCUGCCCGGGACGAGAAGACAGCCGAAGUGGCUGGGUUGGAGGAGACGGUGCGCGACCUGAUGUUUACGCUCGAGGCAGGACUCAAGAUCCAGCAGGAAGGUGGUGGCGCUGAUGGCGGUGAAGGUGGUGAUUUGGUCGUUGUGGGAGGCAGCAAGAAGAAGGGGAAGAAGAAGUGA